AUGGACAGUAGUGUUGUCUGUGGCUUUUCCUAUUCCUCUGAUCUCUCUCAGCCUUUAACCCCAAUUUCUGGAUCCGAGUUUGUUUGUUUUUUAUUAAUACGACCAUUUAGCGGUGUUUUUCCCGUGGGGCUCUGGGGCGCGGCAGGUUUGUCUUUCGCGGCGGCGUCUUGCCCUCUAGGCUGCUCCUCUACUUGUUGUGUGUGUAACCACCAGGGCACGUGGAGCGAGUCCUCGCUGCCGGGGAAGCGGGCGAGCAUGUCGAGCGCGGCGGCGGCGGAGGCGGAGGAGGCCAGGGAGAACCCGCUCGUGUUCCUGUGCUCGCGCUGUAGCCGGCCGCUGGGCGACUCGCUCACCUGGGUCACCAACCGGGAGGACAACAACUGCAUCCUCCUGCGCUGUGUUUCCUCUAAUGUGUCCGUGGAUAAAGAACAGAAACUGUCCAAGUGCGAAGGUGAAGAAGGUUGCGUUCUUGAGACUCUGUAUUGUGCAGGCUGUUCCCUCAGCCUUGGCUGUGUGUACAGAUGCACUCCCAGGAACCUAGAUUACAAGAGGGACUUGUUCUGCCUCAGCGUUGAAGCCAUUGAAAGUUACACUUUAGGGUCCGCCGAAAAGCAAAUCGAGUCGGAAGACAAGGAGCCUUUCAAUCUGGAAAGCAGAGUGGAAAUAGAGAAGUCUAUAAAGCAGAUGGAAGACGUCCUGAAGGCCUUGCAAACGAAGCUGUUGGAGGUUGAGUCGAAACUGCCCUUCGCUGGCGGCAGCCGCUGAGCUGCUCCUACCCCACCUGCCCCACCCUGUUCCUAGUACAUGGUCAGACUUUCUGUGUAUUUUACGGAAAGAAGUAACUGUUCUCCGUAUGUGAAUUUUAAAGCCAGUUUAUGAUACAUGCUGGACAGAGAUUUUGUGAGCUUUUAUUUUAUUAAAAAAAGGGGUGAUUUUUCUGUC